CAUCAGCUAGAUAGAUAACUGCGGUUGAAAUUGAGACACCUCGAACCUUCCAUGGUCGGCCGGAGCAAAAGUAAACGAACGUCACAGUUCCCUGCUCUUCUAUAUUCAUAUUUCACGUGAUACAUACAGCACUACUCCAUACAUUCCCUGUCUUUCCCUGCAACUACCGCCGUGCGAUUCUCACCGUCGUUACAUCAGUAGCUAGCUCAUCAUGGGUUCCGUCGUGUUGCCGCAUCUCCGCACCGCCUGGCACGUCGACCAGGCCAUCCUGUCCGAGGAAGACCGACUCGUGGUUAUCAGAUUCGGCCGCGACCACGACGUCGACUGUAUGCGUCAGGAUGAAGUCCUCUUCAAGAUCGCCGAGAGGGUGAAGAACUUCGCCGUGAUCUACCUCUGCGACAUCGACGAGGUGCCCGAGUUCAACACCAUGUAUGAGCUUUUCGACCCGAUGACCAUUAUGUUCUUUUAUAGGAACAAGCACAUGAUGUGCGAUUUUGGCACGGGUAACAACAAUAAGUUGAACUGGGUGCUCGAGGAUAAGCAGGAGAUGAUCGAUAUCAUUGAGACGAUCUACAAGGGCGCCAAGAAGGGGCGCGGUCUGGUCGUUAGUCCGAAGGAUUAUUCGACGAGGUAUCGGUACUGAGGUUGUUUUGUUGCGCUGUGCUGUGCUUGGUAAUGGAUCGGGGUGGUGGAGGUUGCUUCCAUUUGGUUUAUAUGGUUUAAUGAGUUUAUGAAAUGGAUUGGAUUGGUAGAUGUGGCCAUUGCUGGGAUCUUAGUAGAUUGGUUGAUGAGAGGUAGUCGUACGUGUUCUUCGU